UAUCAUCUUUCCUUCUCAGGCUCUCCGUUAUCCCAUAAAAAUCCCUGCUUUAAUCCCAAGCCUAUUUUUUUCCCUUUCUUUGUAACCAAACCGAACCUCAAAGAGAAACAAAAGCAGCCAUGAAGCUCAAAAACAAAGGUAAAGUAUACCCAUCUCCUCCUCCUUCUUCUUCUUCUUCUUCUUCUGGUGAAGACUAUCUUUCCAUUUUGACGGUUCUCCCAGCUGCCAUUUUGGCUCUAGCUUCAGUCCUAUCUCUCGAGGACCGGGAAGUUUUAGCUUACAUGAUAACCAGGUCCCUCAAAACCACCACCAACCCUUGUUUGAUUUCUCAAGAUUAUUUUUCCAAGAAAAGAUCUUACAAGAAGCCACCACCAACCGCCUCCAAGCUGACCCAAAAGACUCUGGUUUCCUCCCACGUUUUCGAUUGUGAUUGUUUCGACUGCUACACUACUUACUGGUUCCGCUGGGACUCUUCUCCUAACCGUGAGCUUAUCCAUCAAGUUAUUGAAGCUUUCGAAGAUCAUUUAACCUACGGAGAAUCCCAGAAACCUUCCAAGAAAAACGCGCGGCCCAAAAGAAGGGAUAGUAACAACAAGGCCGCCACUCGAGUCUCCGAUAGCCUGGCUGUUGACAUCCCGGGUCAACCCGAGCAUGAAGUUCUCGUCUUGGAGAGUUUUACCGUGGAAGCACCUGUUUUUACUGAUGACGUCAUUUCAACAGGGAAAGAUGUUAAAGAAGAGGUAGAUGAAGUGGCAGAAGUGAUGGAAACUCAAGAGUUUCCAGUAGUUAAGGAUACCGACAUUGAAGUACGGACGGCGGCGGCGGCGGCGGCGACGACAAGUAACCACAAGGGUUUGGCUAGGAAGGUGUUGCCAGAUGUUUUAGGAUUAUUAAAUUCUCGUUUAUGGGGUCUUUGGAAUCCAAAUGUGUAAUAUUUGUCAGAGAUAAUUUUAUGCACAUUAGAAAUGAGAAAAAUAAAUAUUACAAAUAUAUAUAUCUAUAUAUAUAUAUAUAUAUAUAUAUGCAAAAUGUUAAAUCUAUUAUUGAGUGUUGUGUGAAAAUUAGGG